AAACGCAAAAUAUAUCAAAUCUGUAAAUAAGACCGGUAUCUAAAGCAUUAAUAAACAUAUUAUCAAAUCACUGUAUCACCAACAUUGUUCUAUUUACGAAGAAACAUAAUUUACUUAUGUAUUUGACGGCGACAAAGAAACAAGUGAACAAUGAAAAUACUAGAGAAAUGUCUCCUCAAAGAAAUCGUCAAUAAAAUUGUCGGAAAUUGUAAUUUAACAUUGUUAAAUUAUGAAGAUCAAGAAAAUACAAAACAAAUCGAAAAUUACUUUGGACUCUUGAUUCCAUUAAAAAUUGUUGGCCUCGACAAUUUUGGUAAAGAAAAAGAAGUUAACGUUAUUCUCAAAUUGAAACCUAAUAAAAUUGAUGAUCGAAUGAAAGCAGUAUUAGAGUAUUUAUUUGAAACGGAACAUUAUCUGUAUAGCAGAUUGGUACCGAUGUUUAGACAAUUUAAUGUUAAUAUAGAUGAAAUAAUUCCAAAAUGCUAUUACGCUGACUUGCAAUCGGAAAACGAAGUAAUUGUCCUACAAGACAUGACAUAUAAAGGCUACCGACGUUUCUCCGGUGACGGGUUUAUGGAUUACGAUCACGUGCUUGUGUCCUUGAAAACUCUUGCUAAAUUUCAUUCAUUUUCCUAUAUCUUAUUGAAAAAUGGUAAGAAACCAGACGACGAUGAUAUGUUAAAACAGUACACAAAUACCCAUCCCGCAGAACUGAAUCUGGCUUUAAAACUAUCUUUGGAUAACCAUAUAAAGUAUUUUAAUGGAAAUAAAUAUGAAUUUAUAAAAUCAUUGAGGGAAAGGUAUGACUUAAUAAGAGGGGGCGUUGUAAAAGGACAGAAAUGUCUUGUCUAUGCCCAUGGCGAUUUUUGGAAAGAAAAUAUUCUAUUGAAAUACGAGGCAGGCAAACCCAUACAGGCAUGUAUAGUUGACUUUCAAACAGUACAAUAUAUGAGUGCAUCACAUGACUAUCUCAACUUUCUUAUAUCCUGCACAGAUACUGAAACCAGAAAGGAAUAUUUCGACGAAUUCCUAACGACUUAUCUCUCAACUGUUAUCACAACAUUACGUGAAAUUGAUGUGGAGAUAUCAUCAUUGAAGGAAGAUUUCAAACAUGAUUUGGGACUAGUUGCUGAAAACUGUAUUAUUCGAUCUUUUAUGGCGUUUGCGCUGUGGUGUGGCUUGGAAGAAGGGGGUGAUACCUUGUUGACGAGUAAAAAUACGAUAAACAAAAGCCAAGCUAUUUCACGUUUUACAAAAAUAAUUGGUGAUGUUCUGGAUGAUCUUAAUCAGAUGGGCUUGAUAACAUUGUAAGAAAAAAUAUUUGUCCCAUGCAAUAAUUUAAAAAUGAACGGUGGAAAUAUAGUCCCGAAACCAAUGUGUCGUUUUAGGCCUUAGUUUAAGUUAUUUAUUGUAUACAAUAGCUUAAAUGAUGAUGGACCUUAAUCAUCAGCUUGUUUCACCUUGAUAUUUUGUGACUGACUACAGCCAUUGACGAAUAAACGGUAUAAUAUAUAACACCAA